AUGCACCCCUCCAACUAUCGCAUGCGGCUAUCGCUCGAUUUCUUGAGGAUUCUCGCCCUCCCUUCUGCUGUGUUCUAUUUCAUUACCACACACUUGGUCAAGGUGCAUUUAGGCUUAUUAACUGCACCCACCCUAUACUUUGCGUUCAUCAUCUCCUGGUCAAUAUUCAAAAGCAUCUUCACGAAGGUCCUCCAACGUGCGGAACGACGCAGACUAGGCGCGAAGGAAAUUCCGUGCGUGAAAGGGGCUUGGCCGGGAAAUAUUGAUGUUCUAGUAAAGAUGUUACGGGCAUUCAAGACGAGCUAUAUUCUUGAUGUGUACCUUCAACUUUUCGAAGAAUAUCAGUGUACUACGUUAAACACGCGAAUUCUUUGGACUGAUCAUAUCAUUUCUAUGGACCAAGAACAUAUCAAAUUUAUUUUAUCGACUGGAUUCGAACAUUUUUGGAGAGGAAGAUGGCAGAAAGAGCGAAUGGAACGAUUUCUAGGGCAGGGCAUUUUUAAUAGAGAUGAUGAGAUGUGGCGUAUGCAUCGUGGAAAUACUCGCCCUUUCUUCGCUCGAGAAAGGAUUUCGGAUUUUGAUAUCUUCGAGAGAUAUACAGCUCAGACUUUGAACAUCAUAUCAGCAACUUCAAGCCAUUCUCGGACUCCGAUCGAUGUACAGGAUUUAUACUCGCGAUUCGCACUGGAUGCUGCUUCAGAAUUCCUCUUCGGCCAGAACCUUGAUACACUCUCUGCGACACUGCCUGUCGCAGGAAAGACUAAGAUGGGUCCGAAAGGAUCAGCAACCGAAGAUCCCUGGGGGUCUUUUGCUAGUGCGUUUGAGAUGGCACAGCAAGUUAUCACAGCACGAAGCCGUGUAGGAUAUUUCUGGCCUUUGUUUGAGUUAUUUCGGGAUAAAAAUGCUCCGAACGCAGAGGUGGUCCAUCGGUGGCUUGAUCCUCUAGUGAAGAGUGCGUUAAGUGAAAAGGAGAAAAUGGAGAAAGCGGGAAUAUGUAGUCCGGUGACAGAAAAGAAUUUUUUGCAGCAUCUUGCCGAAAGUACCGAUGACCCAAUUAUCAUUCGUGAUCAACUCCUGAGCUUACUCUUAGCGGCUAGGGAUACGACUGCAUGUCUCUUGACAUAUGUCACUUAUUUUAUGGCUAUUUAUCCGGAAAUAACGAAAAGGCUUAGGUCGGAGGUGCUGGAACAUUGUGGUACUUCUGGCUCAGUCACCUACGAGCAACUCAGAAACCUCAAAUAUAUGCGUGCCGUGAUCAACGAAACUCUACGUCUCUACCCUCCUGUGCCACUGAACGUCCGUGAAAGUCGUGCGGGAGGUUGUACCCUUUCCCCUUCAGAUUCUACUUACAGAGCUAGUUGCGAUGCAGAUGUGAUGGCUGACGAUCCCCGCCCUCUGCAUAUGCCAGGCUCAACAGCGAUCACCUUCCUCCCGUUACUCACUCAACGGAAUAAAAUCUUAUGGGGCUCUGAUGCGGACGUGUUUGAUCCUGACAGAUGGCUGGAAGGAGAAAGACUUUCUCGCUUUGUGGCUAAUCCAAUGAUGUUCACUCCGUUCAGUGCGGGACCCAGGAUCUGCUUAGGCCAAAACUAUGCCUACAACGAAGCUUCGUUCUUUCUGGUUCGACUUCUACAGCAAUUCGACACAUUUAGCCUUGCGCCAGAGGCUCAGCCUAGCGGAUCCUUACCUCCGCUUGAAUGGAAACGUAGAAAGGGAAGACAAGUUGAAGAAAAGAUUUGGCCGGCGGCUGCACUGACGUUGUUUGUCAAGGGCGGGCUGUGGGUGCGUAUUGCUAGAGAGGCACAUUAG